GACUACCAGCCAGACUCCCAGAAAUCAUGUUGGUAGGGUCCCAGUCCUUCUCACCUGGGGGACCCAAUGGGAUCAUCAGAAGCCAGUCCUUUGCGGGGUUCAGCGGCCUUCAGGAGAGGCGAUCCAGAUGUAACUCCUUUAUCGAAAAUCCCUCCGCUCUCAAGAAGCCUCAGGCCAAACUGAAGAAAAUGCACAAUUUAGGACACAAAAACAAUAACCCUCCCAAAGAGCCUCAGCCUAAGAGGGUAGAAGAGGUCGUCAGAGCCUUGAAAAAUGGACUUGACGAGUAUCUGGAGGUUCACCAGACGGAGUUGGACAAGUUGACAGCUCAGUUAAAAGAUAUGAGAAGGAACUCUCGCCUGGGUGUCCUGUAUGACCUAGACAAGCAAAUUAAAACGAUCGAAAGAUACAUGAGACGCCUGGAGUUUCACAUCAGUAAGGUGGACGAACUCUACGAAGCUUACUGUAUCCAAAGACGCCUCCAAGACGGUGCCAGCAAAAUGAAGCAAGCCUUCGCAGCCUCCCCGGCCAGCAGAGCUGCCCGGGAGAGUCUGUCCGAGAUCAGUCGCAGCUACAGGGAGUACACGGAGAACAUGUGUGCCAUUGAAGCAGAGCUGGAGAAUCUGCUGGGGGAGUUCUCCAUCAAGAUGAAAGGUCUGGCUGGUUUUGCUCGCCUCUGUCCUGGAGAUCAGUAUGAAAUUUUCAUGAAGUACGGCCGACAGAGGUGGAAACUGAAAGGCAGAAUAGAAGCCAACGGCAAGCAGAGCUGGGACGGAGAGGAGGUCGUGUUCCUGCCCCUGAUCGUCGGAUUCAUUUCCAUCAAGGUCACGGAACUCAAAGGGCUCGCCACUCACCUCCUGGUCGGCAGUGUGACCUGCGAGACCAAAGAGCUGUUUGCCGCCCGACCUCAGGUGGUGGCGGUUGACAUCAAUGACCUUGGCACCAUCAAACUGAGCCUGGAGAUCACCUGGUACCCCUUUGAUGUGGAGGACAUGGCCCCGUCCUCGGGCGCCGGGAGCAAGGCCGCAGCCCUGCAGAGGAGAAUGUCCAUGUACAGCCAGGGGACCCCGGAGACGCCCACCCUGAAGGACCACUCCUUUUUCUCUAAUCUACCCGAUGACGUCUUUGAAAAUGGCAAGGCCGCUGAGGAGAAAACACCACUGUCUCUCAGCUUCGGUGACCUGCCCAACGAGGACUGCGCCCUCACCCCAGACCCAGCGGGCUCUCUCUCCAGCGCAGGUGCGGCAAACCCCGAAAUCACCAUCACCCCCGCAGAGCUGAGCCCCAGCAGCCCGUCCUCCCACAACAAGGACACGGAAGGCUCCGGCUCGGCAUCUUCCAGAAACUCCUCGCGAGAGGGCCAGGAGGCCAAGCCGCCCCCGGAGGAGCCCCCAGCCGGGCCCAGGAGCCCCCCGGAGCGCCGAGCGGCGGCAGGUGCCGGGCCGGAGCGCCUGUUCCUGGAGAAGGAGGUGGCCGAGGCGCUCCUGCGGGAGUCCGACGAGGCGUCCGAGCUCAAGCCGGUCGAACUGGACACUUUUGAAGGAAACCUCACGAAGCAGCUGGUGAAGAGGCUGACCUCGGCCGAGGCGCCCGCGGCCGCGGACAGGCUGCUCUCCGAGGGCUCGGUCAGCGGAGAAUCCGAAGGCUGUCGAUCCUUCCUGGACGGAAGCUUGGAGGACGCCUUCAGCGGGCUUUUCCUUGCGCUGGAGCCCCACAAGGAGCAGUAUAAGGAGUUUCAGGAUCUGAACCAAGAAGUCAAGCAUUUGGAUGAUAUUCUAAAAUGUAAGCCAGCCGGAAACCGCAGCCGGUCUUCCAGUUUAAGUCUUACAGUCGAAAGUGCUUUAGAAAGCUUUGAUUUCCUGAACACCUCUGAUUUUGACGAGGAGGAGGAUGGUGAUGAGGUUUGUACUGUUGGAGGAGGCACGGACUCGGUAUUUUCAGACACUGAGACGGAGAAAAAUAGCCCUUACAGGUCGGUACACCCAGAGGCCAGGGGGCACCUGAGCGAGGCGCUGACAGAAGACACAGGAGUCGGGACCAGUGUGGCCGGAAGCCCCCUCCCCCUGACCACAGGAAAUGAGAGCCUGGACAUCACCAUUGUCAGGCACCUUCAGUAUUGCACCCAACUCGUUCAGCAAAUUGUUUUCUCAAGCAAAACCCCAUUUGUGGCGAGCAACCUCUUGGAGAAGCUUUCUCGGCAAGUCCAGGUGAUGGAGAAGCUGUCAGCCGUCAGCGAUGAGAACAUAGGGAACAUCAGUUCUGUCAUUGAAGCCAUCCCAGAAUUUCACAAAAAGCUGUCUUUGCUGUCCUUCUGGACGAGGUGCUGCAGCCCGGUGGGCGUCUACCACAGCUCGGCCGACAGAGUGAUGAAGCAGCUGGAAGCCAGCUUUGCCAGAACCGUCAACAGAGAAUAUCCAGGACUCGCAGACCCAGUGUUUCGAACCCUGGUGUCCCAAAUCCUGGACCAGGCUGAGCCUCUGCUCCCCUCCAGCCUCUCUUCGGAGGUCAUCACCGUUUUCCAAUAUUACGGUUACUUCACCAGCCACGGUGUGAGCGACCUAGAGAGCUACUUGAGCCAGCUGGCCAAGCAAGUUUCCUUGAUUCAGACCCUGCAGUCGCUGAGAGACGAGAAACUGCUCCAGACCAUGAGUGACCUUGCACCGGGCAGCCUCUCGGCCCAGCAGGAAGUACUCGGGACCCUGGCUGUGCUGCUGACUGGCGAUGACCAGGAAGCCCGUGAGGCUGUGAUGCUGUACUUGACCGCAGCCUCCAGAAACGAGCACUUCAGGGAAAAGGCCUUGCUGUAUUACUGUGAGGCACUGACAAAGGCAAACCCCCAGCUCCAGAGGGCAGCCUGCCUGGCCCUGAAAAGCUUGCAGGCCACCGAAAGCAUUAAGAUGCUGGUGACUUUGUGUCAGUGCGACACCGAGGAAAUCAGAAACGUGGCCUCGGAGACCCUCUUGUCUCUCGGAGAAGAUGGGCGGCUGGCGUACGAACAGCUGGACAAAUUUCCUCGAGACCGUGUUAACGCCGGAGGGCGUCAUGGGGCUGAAGUUGCCACGGCCUUUUAAUGAGCUCUGCCCAACAGCCAUCUUAAUAAAUGGCCCUGUUCAUCAAGAUGGUGCUGGGAUUUAGCGGGCGUGUUUAAACCUGGAAGAGUUCUGCUGAGGUUGUCUGGAAAUUUAACACGUCAUAGAUAGAAGUCAAAGUCGAGCAUCAUAGUACCUAUCUACUUUUCCUUUGGCCGAUAGAAUAGGGCCAAUAUGACUCCGUAGAUGACGGUGUCGAUUGCGUCUGACGAUUCCUGGUAGAAGCGUCCAUCUUAUCUCGUAUGUAUGGAAUUUUAAAACAGCCAUCUUUGUACUUUUUUGGAAGUUCUUCUCUAAGCCUAAAAUCGUCACAUGAUACUUUGAUGACUAUCACACGCCUUGCGGUGUCUCCCCGUCGUGUCCUGAGGGUUGAGGGGCCCCACCAGCUACCUAAUUUUACCUUAAAUGCAAAGCACAAAAAAGAAUUUCUUCGAAUAACAGUCUGCCCGCGGAACUCGGUAAAAUGACAUAUUGUAAGAGUUUAAAAUUUUUUUUAACUUCAUUUUUUUCAAGCCUCCAUUACUUCUUUUAUUUCUUUUCUCCAUCCUGACCAUUCCCAAAGCAUGUUUCCGUGAUGGAUAAAAGACAGGUUGAUGUCUAAGAUGAUACCCAUACUCCUUAAAAAAAGACAUUCGAAGUUGAAGCUUUUUUGAACACGAGCCAUUUUUUUUUUUUUAUGAUACUUUUACAACAGAGGUAUUUUGCUGCUAAGACAAAUCAAAACAAAAACUCAUGGAAUCAGAAAGCUGUGAUGCUCUUUGGGGUCGUAGAACUGGGCACUUGGAGGAAUCUUAAUGGGGCGGGAGCAGAAGGAGAUUCACAAGUGGUCCUUGCUUCUACAGGAAUUACCAUGAGAUUAGGAGGAAGAAUGUCCCGAGGGACAAGGGACGAGGGACAGUUACUGCCCCAGAGAAAUCACUCGUCACUGGGUGGGAUCUCUUGGCCAAAUAGUUAAAACAACAGCUCCCCUCACUGUUUCUGUAUCAGGGGAGCAA